AGGAGGAGAGGAGAACACGCCCCUCGGACCCAGAAGUGCAACUUCAUUUAGGAGCUCCCAGGCACAAGGAAACUGCGAGUCUGAACCUGGCUGCAGCUCCCCGGGCGGCUUUGGCUGCCGGGCACCCCGGGCAGAGACCCCGGGUGGCUGCGGUCCAGAUUCCAACCCUGCUCCGCCAGCGGGACCGCCGAACCUGGGAUUCGAGCCGGAGGUGCUAAGCCAUCAACCCUGCUGUGUAUGAAGCUUGUUUGAAGUCAUGUUCAGAAGGAAAGUCAACUAACUCAGGGCUGUGCAGGCACAUAGAAAUGCAAUGGAGGUAGAGUCCAGUACAUACACUGACUUCAUCUCCUGUGACCGGGCUGGCCGGAGGAACGCCGUCCACGACAUCGAGCGGGAUGCAACCACCAUCAGCAUGCGCAAGCUGUCUGAGGACCUCGGUGACCUCGCUGUUGAAGGAGCAGAAAGCCAAGGAAAUGCCAUUUCUUCUGAGAACAACCCUGAAGCAAGACCAAAGAAGCAAGAAAACAGCCCUUCCCCAUGACAGUGUAAUGGGGGUGGGAUGGGUAGGAGGAGGGCCUUGCUGUGAACAUUAAACAAGAAUUUGCUGUUGAAUAAGCAGGGAAAAGCCAACCUGGAACAGCAAGUUGUCUGUCAAAUGCCUCCGCUGCAAACACUUUUGCUUACAGAGCCACAGGAUGCUGUGCAAGGACUGGCACCUCCAAAAGACUCCUGCUCCCAUUCCUGAUGAUUUAGAGCAACACUGCCAUGGUUGUGGUGUGAGCCAUUCUCAAGAUGCCUUAGCUGCAAUUUUUCCCUUAGGGGAAAAUACAAUUUCAGUAAUAAUAGACACAUCUGACUUUCCUCUCCAAGGUACCUUCCUCCUUUGCAAAUUUAGACUAUUAUUUAUUCUGUUUCUGUAGAUUAGAAAUUUAGAUUAUUGUUUUUUUCUAAGUUUCACCCUCAUCCACAUCUGAAACCUGACCUGGUCUCUGGACUGUCCCUGUGGCCCCUUGUCAGGCUGGGCAGUGGGAAAGGGAUCGGGGUGGUCCCACUGCCUUCAUGCCAAGCACACGUGGCUGCUGCCACUUAGCACCAGGAACGGACCAAAGCACAGACACCUCUGUGUGGACCAGCUCCACCAACAGCUCCAGCAGCACCAGCCCACAGGCAUCCAUUUCUUUGGGUUUAAGCAUUUUAAGAGGUUGUUAAGGGGAGGGGAGAAACAUUUUGCUGGUUUGACUGUUGAAAUUCAGGCUUAACUUUGCAAUCUGUUAGCUGAGAUGAUCUCUGCUUAAAUCUCACACCAUUCUCUCUUUUAGGAGACAUGUUUUGUGUUAAAGAUGGUUUGAUAAAACUAUAUAAGCUGUUGGAAUAAAUAACACAGCC